AUGAGACCUCAAACAGCUUGGCGGUCCAUCGGCCUAUUAAAACGCCACGCCACAGCCCAGCACUCCUUUCUUGGCCGCCGAGCGAUCCAAACGGCCAGUUCUCGGCCGGUCCCGAACUUUGCAUUUGCUUUCGACAUUGAUGGCGUCCUUUUGCGAUCCUCCAAGCCGAUCCCGGGUGCCGCUGACUCCCUAGCAUUGCUGAAGGAACAAGGCAUUCCCUUCAUUCUGCUUACCAACGGAGGCGGCAAACACGAGACAGAUCGUGUCGCGGAAAUCAGCGAGAAGCUCCAGGUUCCUCUGGAUGCGAGCGAUAUCGUACAGAGCCAUUCUCCUUUUGCGGAGCUGGUCAAGGGACCGGACGAGGCGAGCGCACUCGAACACAAAUGUGUUCUGGUAGCCGGUGGUGACGGAGACAACUGUCGACGUGUGGCAGAGCAAUACGGAUUCAAGAAUGUCGUCACACCAGGAGACAUCCUCAUGGCGAAUCCCGCAAUUUGGCCUUUCUCCAAGAACUUCAGUGACUACUACAAGACUUUCGCUCGGCCACUCCCAAGCCCAAUUGAUCCAAACAACCCAGCCAAAAGCUUGAAGAUUGACGCUGUGUUUGUCUUCAAUGACCCUCGAGAUUGGGCCUUGGACACCCAGGUCAUAAUGGAUCUCCUUCUUUCCUCGCAGGGCCGUAUGGGAACCCUUUCUGAAAAGAACGGCCGAACUGACCUCCCCAACCACGGUUACCAACAGGACGGCCAGCCCCAUCUUUACUUUUCUAAUCCCGAUUUGUGGUGGGCUGCUGCCUACCCCUUGCCCCGGCUUGGCCAAGGCGGGUUCCGAGAGGCCCUCGAGGGUGUCUGGGCUGCGACCACAGGAGGCCCCAGCAAGGGCAUUGAGCUGAAGAAGACUGUGAUUGGAAAACCAUACCAACCGACAUAUGAAUUCGCGGAACAUCAAUUACUUCGGAACCGACUGAAGACAUUCGGCAACUCUGCAGAUCUUCCUCCUUUGGAAAGAGUUUACAUGGUUGGUGACAACCCAGAGUCCGACAUUCGGGGCGCCAACUCCUACCGCAGUGGAUUUGGAAGUAGCUGGCAAUCGAUCCUUGUUCGGACUGGAGUAUACAGUGGCGGAGACCCUGCAUACACCCCUCAUACCAUUGCGGACAAUGUACAUAAGGGUGUCCAAUGGGCUUUGAAAAGCUCCAAAUGGCCCGCUGCUUGA